AUGCGAACAAACGAGAUGCUCUCAGUAAUCCUCGUGGGCGUAUACCUUCUAGUAGGGCUACCAUGUGGGAGAGCUGCGGCACAAUGUGCCAUGUACGGCAACUGCGGGCGGCAGAGCGCGUUUGGCGCAGAGCUACCUUGUCCAGUUGGCGCCGACUUCACCCCUGAACCGCUCAGCGCCGAUGACUCGGGAUUCCUAGCGAGCGUGUGCGGGCCCGAAUGGGGGUCGAUGGACUACGUCUGCUGCACGCGGGACCAAAUGGUCAAGUUGCGUGCAAACCUGAAAAAGGCGGAAGCAAUUAUUGCAUCGUGUCCCGCGUGUGCGAAGAACUUUGCCGCUACGUUCUGUCACUUUACGUGCUCGCCGGCGCAGCGGCAGUUCUUGGACGUCAAGGAGACGGAACUUUCGACCAUUGGCAAGAGAAUCGUUACUGAGGUUGAUUUCUACGUGGAGUCGGAAUACGGGGAGUCGUUCUACGACUCGUGCAAAAAUGUCAAGUUUUCCUCUACCAACGGUUACGCCAUGGACCUGAUUGGGGGCGGGGCCCACAACUACAAAGAGUUCCUCAACUUCUUGGGUGAUAAGAAACCCUCCUUGGGGGGCUCGCCGUUCCAGAUAAAUUUCAAGUACUCUUCAGAGACCGGGCAGGCCCCUCUCAAUGAGAAGACAUACGCGUGCAAUGACACGGAAUUCAGGUGUGCCUGUGCAGACUGCCAGGAAUCUUGUCCGGUCCUGAAGCCGGUCAAGUCGGGGCAGUGCAAGGUUGGAAAACUGCCCUGUUUGUCGUUCGGCGCCCUGGUGGCGUACGGGGGCGCGGCGCUAGCACUGCUACUUUCUUACCUUUAUGUCUCAAGGGCGAAGGGCGACGGCGUGUUGCUGCAGGAUGAUGCUAUGGGUGACGAUAACGAAGAAUUAAAUCGCCAAGCGGAGGACGAGCUGUUCCAUGAGUACCCGACUUCGCGUUACCGUCUCAAUGAUGUGCUAGCAGACCACCUUGGAUCGGUCGCUGCGUACUGCAUCAAGUACCCAUACCAUGUAUUGGGCGCGACUUUUGCAGUGGUAUUGAUACUGUCUUCCUUGAUUCCCUUCUUUGGCCGGCUAGAGACAGAUCCCGUCGCGCUUUGGGUAAGCAAGCGUUCUCCAAGGUUUAUCGAAAAGCAAUACUUUGACGAGAACUUUGGUCCCUUUUACAGAAUGGAACAGAUUUUUAUCGCCAACGACAAUGGUCCUGUUUUGUCAUAUGAGCAUCUAGAUUGGUGGUUCACUAUCGAGAAGGAGAUCACAUCUGGGCUGCAGUCAAGCGACAACACGACUUUCCAGGAUUUAUGUUUGAGGCCCACAAGCGACUCGACGUGUGUUAUCCAGUCCGUUACUCAAUACUUUGAUGGCAUUUUGCCGCCGAAGAGCACUUGGCUAGAGGAUUUAAAAACAUGUGCGGAGUCGCCAGUUAGUUGUUUACCUUCGUUCCAGCAACCGUUGAAUAGCAAAUUGCUAUUCAGCCACGAAAAUAUCACUGAAUCCAAUGCACUUGUGAUCAGUUUACCCGUUGACAAUCAUACUCAAUCGGCUGAACUAUGGGAGCAGACACUGGAAGACUACCUAUCGAAACUCGACGUCCCUAAGGGCCUACGUUUGAGUUUCAGCACUGAAUCGUCCUUGAGCAAGGAACUCGGCAAGAAUAAUGACGUGACUAUAGUUUUAAUUUCUUACGUUAUAAUGUUCUUCUACGCGUCCUGGGCCUUGAAGAACAAGAUGGGUAAACAACGGUUUUUGCUAGGUGGUACUGGUAUCUUGAUCGUGUUUUGCUCUAUCCUAUCCGCAGUUGGUAUGCUCAGCGCACUAGGAUUGAGCUCGACGCUAAUCAUAGCAGAAGUUAUCCCGUUCUUGAUCCUUGCCAUUGGUGUUGAUAAUAUCUUUUUACUCACAGGUGAAUAUGAUAGAACAACAGCAGGCAACACGAGCUUGAGCAUUGAAGAUAGAAUUCUAAUAUCGGUGAGAAAAAUAGCCCCUUCAAUCGUUACAUCUGUUGUUUGCCAGACGGUAUGUUUCCUAUUAGCUGCGUUUGUUGGUAUGCCGGCGGUCCGGAACUUUGCUCUUUACUCCGCCGCUGCCCUUUUCUUCAACUUUUUGUUCCAAAUCACAGCUUUUGUAUCCAUUUUGACCUUGUAUGAGAACAAAUACGAAAGUUACCUCUCGAACACCUCGUUGGAGCAGGAGCCACCAUUUUUCCUACCAAAACUCAGAAAUGUCAUCCUGAAGAAGAGCACUGCCAUUGUAUUUAUCGUAUGGAGUUUGGCUUCUAUUGUAUUCCUACCAUAUAUUAGUAUCGGUCUGGAUCAAAAAAUGGCAGUACCACAAGAUUCUCACCUAACAACCUAUUUUGAGGACGUGAGCCAAUAUUUGAAUGUCGGUCCACCGGUAUAUUUUGUUCUUCGGAAUCUAGACUUAACCAAAAGAGAGAAUCAAAAGAAAAUCUGUGGCAAGUUCACAACAUGUAAUGAGUUCUCCCUUGCAAAUGUUUUAGAACAAGAGCGGAACCGGUCCACAAUCACAGAGCCAUUGACAAAUUGGUAUGACGACUUCAUGAUGUUCCUAAAUCCAGCUCUAGAUGAGUGUUGCCGGUUAAAGAAGGGUAGUCAGGAAGUAUGUCCUCCACGCUAUCCUUUCAGGAGAUGCCAGACGUGCUAUCCUCCAGGUACAUGGGACUAUGAUAUGACUGAUUUCCCAGAAGAUGGCGAAUUUAUGCGCUUCUUCAAAAUAUGGAUUGACGCUCCAAGUGAACCCUGUCCACUAGGUGGGAAGGCGCCAUACUCAAGCUCUAUAAUUUACAAUGAUUCCGUCAUUGAAGCUUCCAUGUUCAGGAGCUACCAUUCUCCUCUUCGCACCCAAAAGGACUACAUAGCAGCAUACAAGGAUGCAGAAAGGAUAACAGGUGAAUUCAAGGACUUAGAUGUAUUUGCAUACUCACCGGUCUACAUCUUUUUUGACCAAUAUCGCUCCCUCGUCUCGUUGACUCUCAAGCUUCUGGCUGUCGCGCUUAUUACAAUGUUCUGGAUUUCCCUAGUUAUGCUCGGAUCUGUCUCAACCGCCUUGCUUUUGACAGGAACCGUGUUUAUGAUUCUUGUCGACAUUGGUGCAAGUAUGGUGCUUUUCAAUAUCCCCUUGAAUGCUGUCAGCUUGGUCAACCUUGUGAUAUGCGUUGGUUUGGCCGUCGAGUUUUGUAUCCACAUCGCCAGAGCAUUCACCCUGGUCCCUGUUGGUAUCAAGAACAGCCGCCCAUCCAGAUCAGUUUAUGCACUAGCAAGUGUUGGUGAGUCUGUCUUUAGAGGUAUCACGAUGACCAAAUUGAUCGGUGUGUGCAUUUUAUUCUUUGCACAAUCAAAGAUUUUCCAGGUAUUUUACUUUAGAAUGUGGCUCAGUCUAAUCUUAAUCGCUUCGCUGCAUGCUCUAAUAUUCCUUCCAACCGCUUUGGCAUUUUUGGGUGGCCAGAGUUACGUUGAGGGCAACAGUGAAGUUAGACUCGUUGACGCCGAAUAA